AUGGAUGGAUUUGUAACAAAGAAUUCAUCACGGCAAACAACAUUGAAUGAGAAAUUUAAAAAGGAAGAGAGAGAUGCAGUAUGUCAAAUCAUAGCCCGAUUUUUUUAUACCAGUGCUAUACCAUUCAAUUGCGUGAACAAUCCCAUAUUUCCUCUUAUGAUUAAAAGGAUUGGAGAGUAUGGGAGGGGGCUCAAUCCUCCUUCUUAUCAUGAAAUUAGAGAGACAUUCUUAAAGAAGGAAGUGAGUGAAGCAUUGAAUAUACUCGAGAAUUUUAGAGGAGAAUGGGUGAAGACUGGAUGUACUAUUAUGUCAGAUGGAUGGUCUGACAGGAGGAGACGUUCAAUAUGUAAUUUUCUUGUCAAUAGCCCAUCGGGAACUAUCUUUUUGUCAUCCCGAGAUACUUCUGAUAUUUCAAAAACUGGCCAAAUGGUUUUUGAAAUGUUAGAUGAGAUUGUGGAAAAAGUUGGAAAAGAAAAUGUUGUACAAGUUGUGACUGAUAAUGCUUCUAACUACCAAUUGGCUGGAGAGAUGUUGAUGGAAAAGAGGAAAAAAUUAUUUUGGACACCUUGUGCCGCUCAUUGCAUUGAUUUGAUGUUGGAGGAUUUUGAGAAAAAAAUUGAGAUGCAUAGUGAGACAAUUGAAGAUGGAAGGAUGAUUGUUUCAUACAUUUAUUCAAGGUGUAUGCUUAACCAUUGGAUGAAGGAAUUCACAAAUGGCAAGGAGCUUAUUAGACCUGCAGUGACGCGAUUUGCCACUUCUUACUUAACUUUGUAG